UGGGAAUCGAGAUGAUAUAUGCGUGUUAUUUACAAUUGAAAGUUGCUUUAUUAAAAAGAUACACUCCAGCAGUCCAGCUCUCUGCCCAAUGUUCUUCUUGAACUGAGUGAGUGUAUUACAACUGUCUCUCGGUUGGAUGGAGAACUGUAGUUGUAAAAUAAAUAAUGAGCUCUACUUGAACACCAACGACGCCUUAAACCUCUGCAACAGGCAACAGAUUAUAGGAACCGAUGGUGAGGCUCUGGAAAUCGACGCCUUCGGACUCUGUGAGAACCAUGGAAGAUGCAAACGCAUCCGCCUCACAGAGUCCUCAAGAAGAUACAGCACGCACUCCUCCAGAUUCACCUCAAAGAAGGAACGCUGCUUGCCCACAAACUGGCCAGAAGUUUACUGUGAGAUUUGUGGAUCCUCCCAUUACAAUUGUACUCUAACAAAAUACCGAAUCUAAGCGUUCUUGAAAAGAUACAUGGAAAACUCAAACAGUAAGCAAUGUCUCUUCUGGUGGUGGGAGUUUUAUUAAUCGGAAGUUCUGUAGAUAACUAGAAAAAUUAGCAUUCGCCAGUGGUAGAGAAUGGAGAACGUCUCACCCAAAGGUCUCAAACGAUGCUCAGAGUCCAGGAAGUACAAAAAUGACGGGGAUGACUCGGACCAUCAUGUUAAACUUGCCGGAAGAAAUGUUCAGUUUUAUCACAAUUUACAAAUGAAGAUAGGUGGAACCAGAAGAUCACAUAAGCAAAAAAGGAAGGCAAAAUUGUUUUUGGCAAAACUCAUUUCUUCUUGCCUUCUUGGUGCGGUCCACGUCAAAUCAUUGCACCCCUAUACUUUGAUCUUUCUCACUUAGUCGCUUUUGAUGUUGAUGAGCUUAAGCUCAACAACCUGGGAUAUCAUAGCAAUUUCGACCUUCUUCCUUAAAAGCGGGCAAGAAAUGACAAAAUGGCAGUGAUCGGCAAACUGGUGGGAGCUAACAAGCCAGAGCAAGAUUGCAUCAGUUGUAGACACCAAAGCUUCCCCGGCCCAUAAAUAAACAUUUAUGGAUUUGGCUUUCUUCUUUAAUUUCUGUGAUUUUCUUAAAUUAUUUGUUUUUUUCUUUUAUUAAAAUUCAAGUGUAUGCAUAUUGUCAUAUUGCAAUGGUUAAUGUGACUGAGGGUUUGGAUGACACCUCACAAAAGCUCUUGCAAGAAGGUUGGUGAAAUAAAUGC